CUCACGGCAGACCAUGGCCUCGCUGAACCCUCCCAUCGCUGAUGAUCUGUCACAGCUGGCGCUCCCGAGACAUGCAGUCAUCGUGGGCUUCUCCGCAGGGUCCGGUGGCCGCGAAGUGCUCUUAGCUCGACGAGAUGGAAUGCACCUAGAUCUGACCGUCCCAACCGUGGGGCGCUUCCGGACAACCGGAGAUGCCUUCCUCACAACCGACAGGGUCGUGUUCUGCGCCCGCAAACCGCACGGAUCUCAGAAUGGCAUGCUCUUCAAGGGCUUCGACAUCCCUCUCCAGGUGCUCAGCGGCGAGAAGUUCGAGCAACCCAUCCUCUUCGGCGCGAAUAACCUCUCCGGAGUCGUCGAGACGAACGUCGCCUACGCAGGUAGCACGACGGGGGCGACGGCACCUGGCUUUCACGCCACGGCAACGCCCGUCAUCAACUCUAGCUGGCGGUUAUCUUUCAGGAAUGGUGGUUUCGGCACCUUCCUGCAUGCUUUCUACUCGGCCCUCCAGCGACGGCGCUCGGUCGACCCGUCGGUUACAGCGGUGACCUUCGCCGGGUCUGAGGACGAGUGGGCUUCCCUCCAGGCGACGGAAGUGGCCCAAGCGGUAGCUUUGGAUCCCACGGAUGGUACGGUGUUGCUGACGGCGGCUCCCGUGGCGGCAUCCGCUCCGCCUAGACCGUACGGCGACUUGUGAGGUUUCCGCACACCGCCUCUGUUGAACUCGCUGCUGUUGCUGCUGCACUUUGGUCGACGUCUUGCUGACGCCACCGCUUCCUCCGCUGUCAACCUUACGGCG